UGUCACAAAAAUCACAGCGAGCCCAAAAUUCCGACCGUGACGUGUGUUUUUAGCCGGUUUCGAUUAGACAAAAAAACAAAAACCCUCCUCUUCCUCGACCAAACGCACAUCAAGCCAGAAGUCCCUCAGCCAUGGCCGCAGAGAAUCCUGCUGCAGGAACCACCGAGGAGGUCGACGGCGACUGGUGCCUGAUUGAGAGCGACCCGGGUGUCUUCACCGAGCUGAUCCGCGGUUUUGGCUGCACGGGUGCCCAGGUGGAGGAGAUCUGGACCCUGGAUGCAGACGCCUUCCACCACCUGGAGCCCAUACAUGGCCUGAUUUUCCUGUUCAAGUGGGUGGACGACAAGCCCGCUGGCCGCGUGGUCACCGACAGGAGUGACAUCUUCUUCGCUCGCCAGGUUAUAUCGAAUGCCUGUGCCACGCAGGCGCUGCUCUCGCUGCUGCUUAAUCUGCGCCAUGCGGACAUCGACUUGGGUCAGACCUUGAGCGACUUCAAGAGCCUGUGCCAGGAUCUGGAUCCAGGGACCCGUGGUCAUUGCCUGGGCAAGGAGGAGAAGAUCCGUAAAGUACACAAUUCCUUUGCUCGACCCGUGCUCUUCCAGCUUGAUCCGCUUCCGUGCUCGCCCGAUGAUUUCUGUUACCACUUUGUGGGCUUCAUGCCAAUAAAGGGCAAGCUGUACGAGUUGGACGGCAUGCAGGAGGGUCCCAUCGAGCUGGCCGAGAUUGGCCAGCAACAGAACUGGCUGGAUGUGGUCAGACCGUUUAUAGAGGCGCGCAUGGAGCGCUACAGCGUCGGAGAGAUCCACUUCAAUCUGAUGGCCUUGGUCUCGGAUCCCCAGCGAAGCUACGAGCGCCAGAUCCAGCUGCUCGUCCACCAGCCAUCGCCGCUGAGUCACGCGGAGCGUCGUUUGGAGAUCGCCACCCUGAGGGAAUUCGUCAAAUUCGAGGAGGAGAAGAAGCGUCGCUACCGCCAGGAGAACACUCGUCGCCGCCACAACUAUCUGCCCUUCAUCAUCGAGCUGCUGAAGCAGCUGGGCGAGACUGGCCAAUUGAUGCCCAUUUACGAGAAGGCCAAGCAGCGGGCUCUUCAAUCUGAAGAGCGUUGCAAGAGCGCUCCCAACCAGCCGCAACCUCAAUGAGCGUGGAUGCAACCUGAUGUCAAGCUAAAUUACUGCACUCCCAAUCCAUCGGAAACGCAUAUGAUAAACAUGCCACUUUGAUAGCACUACCUGCAAAGUUUCCCAUUCGUUCUGCCGAUUGAUACAUAAUACACUACAUAAAUAAACAUUAUAUCCAA